AUCAUGGUGUACAAGGGCCACGGGAAAGACAAGGACAAGGAGAAGGCGGGCAAGUUCCGCACGCGGCCGGGCGAGUCCACUUACACGAUGACCACCAACCGACCCGCCAACUUCUGUGAUAACAUGACUGAGAGAGAGUUAGAGGAGGAGUUUCGGAAACUGUGCAACCAGUUGGAGAAACUUCGAGAGCGAUGCGGGGCGGGGGCGAGCAUCGCACGGCGCAUCACAGCGAUGCGGGACGCGGCGUCGCAGCACGACAAGAAACCCGCCUCCACGGAGCAUUCCGCUCCCAUGAAAGUCAACACCAUAUUCAGUGCUGUGGCAGACCGGCUCAUGUGCACAGUCACCCCCGCAGAGGAAUCCAGCAGUAGCGGCCGAGAAAUUACCUUCGAACCACCGCCAGUUUACAAAAACAAAACCUUCAGCCCUGUUAAAAAGGCUAACCACGAAGAAAUAAGCAAUACUGACGUCACAACUGACUCCCCUAAAAGGAAGACUGAAGUGAUCGAAGAAACAAAAGAAGUGAGAGCGGAGGCGAACGGUGUGUUCAAAAUAUCCGGUGAAGCGAACUGCAGUGACGUCAGGCCUCCCGAAGUGAGUAGCAACGGGUCUUUCAAAGAUAGUAAAAGUGAACUCAAGUGUAGUCCGAAUAGUUCUGAGAAUGUGAGAGUGAGAUCCGGCCAUGCGAGGACGCAUGCUAUAGUGAUUAAUUUAGAUGAUAAAAGUAGGUUCACAGAAGAAGUCACAGUUUGAGUGAGAUCAUAAUUCCGAAUAAUGAAUCUGUUAUAGUAAGUAUAGACAUAAAAAGUUCCAUAUUUGUAAUUCAUUAUACUUAAUAUAAUAAUUAAGGGAAUAAUUGUUAAGCAUUGCUAAUUACAAGGGAUUGUUAUAGUGAAUUGUUAAUUGUACUAAUACUUUUUGACGCCCUAGUACACGAAUUAAGGCCAAAAAGGUGUACUUAUUUCAAGUCACAUUCCAUCUACUUCUGUAAAAUAAUACUAAUAAUGUACAUAGCUAGUCUUAAUCUGUGAUGAUAGAAUUUCGUAAUAAAAAACAUAAUAUGAAAUAAUACUCGUUAUAUUCACUAGACAUGUUAAAACAUAUCAAAGUUGGUAUAUCUUAAGGUUUAGUAAUUAUUUAGAACAUAAUAAAAUAUUAAUUAUCGAUCUUAUUUACCGCAACUGACGUAACUACUUGUUAACAGUCACACAGGGUGUUGCUAAAUUUAUACUGAGUCGAAAGUGUGUGACUCAAACCAACAUUCUAUGCAACUUCAAAAGUCGUAGAACAAUACUUGUUCAGAAUAACUCCCAUUCGGCUUA